AUGCCAUCAUAAUGAGGUCGUGUCUCACCCUCGACGAUAGCAACUGAGAGGUGACCUAUUCUGUUUGUAGUCUUCUAACCCUCACGACAAUCAUAUUACACGAGCCUGAAUAUGUCAAACAUCAAGCUAAUCAAGGUUGCCGAACCUUGGCUCAAGACCUCAUGCGAGCUGGGUGAGGCUCCGUUCUGGGACAAGAAGAGCAACACGUUGCGUUUUGUCGACAUCAUCAAGAAGCAGCUUCAUGUCGUGAAUCUCGACGAAGGUCCUUCGUCGCACAAGACAAUCGACCUUCCGUUCUCCAUCGGUUGCACUGCCAACAUCGAGGGUAACGAUGAUGAAUUCAUCUUUGGUGGAAAGGACGGAUAUGGUAUCGCGAACAAGAAAACCGGGCAGCCCAAAUACAUCAAGAAGUUCUGGUCUGAAGAGGAAGUACAGAGCGGCAAGGCGCAUCGCUCGAGAAGCAACGACGGCUCAGUCGAUAGCCAUGGCAGAUUCUAUGUUGGAACCAUGAACGACCCUACGAUUGUAGGCGAGCCUGGCCCGGAGGGCGUUUUGUUCAGACUCGAUCCAGACCUCAGCCUCCACAGAAUCAAAGAGCCCGUUACUAUUCCGAACGGAAUGUCGUGGACUCUGGACAACAAAACCAUGUACAUCACCGAUUCACCCACUGGCAAGAUAGAGGCUUACAACUACGAUGUUGAGUCUGGCAAGGUCGAUCUUACGACUGGACGUCCUUUCUUUACGUGCCCGAUCGAGGGCGGCGUUCCAGAUGGCCACUGUCAAGAUGCAGAGGGCCAUUUCUGGGUCGCUAUGUUCGGCACAAGCAAGGUUGUGCGGGUGAGUCCGGCAGGUCAGAUCGUGACCGAAAUCACAUUGCCAACACGUUGCGUGACCUGCCCUGGCAUCGCUGGCGAAGACCUCUACAUUACAAGUGCAGCAGAAGAGGACCCAGACAAGUAUCCCGAGAGCGCAAAACUUCAGGGAGCGACAUUCAAGGUUCCGAUCGGCGUUACAGCUGCUCCCAUCAAUGAGUUCACAAUGCUGGCUAAGGCAUGAUAUGUGGAGGGAAUCGCGGACGGGGCGGACAUGGCCGGCUCUAGAUUGCACACGUGGUGGGGGACCUGCAAUAUUACUAGAAAUAGAAGGACCAAAGAACAGAGAAAUCGCGCUCCUCGAUGUGUAGCUCUUCUCGGCCAAUUCUAGAAGGGCGGAAACUUCGGGACGGAACUAGCAUUUCGCCCGUGUUUGAUGCAAGAUUCGCAAGAGUGCCCACACUUCAUCAGCUUGUCACGAUCGCACAUGGCGUGCUUAGACCUGAAUGCAACGGUGACGACCUCGACUGGCUGUUUUUGCAAUUUCCGAUUUACAGGCCAGGAAAAGUCGAUUCAAUUGUACCUGGUUUCAAUGUCUUGGUCAGCAGCACGCGUCGAUAUCAAUGAAGAUCAUCAGAGAACACACAGAUUCGCGGCACCGGAUAGACCUGAAAUAGAUGGAUGGCUUCAACUCUAACCAGGGGGUUCAUGUACUG